CGGUGGCUCGUGACAUGUUUUCUCGGCAUUGGGGCUGCUGGAUAGACACAUGCUGAGAGGCAGAGGGACACACACAGAGACUCACAUGUCCUGCUGCUGCUGCCCAUGGGGAGCGGGCUGCCAGGCAUGGAGAGAGCAAAACUCCCAAGCUAAUCGAAGGCGGCAGCCAGACGGUUCCCCUGCCCCAGAAACUAGCUCCUAACCCACGGCAAACAGCCCUCCCCAUGUCACACGCCCCAGAGGCAGGGGGAUGUCAAGGCUCAAGCCACUAGCCCAGCCUGACUAUCCACCCGGGGACCUGGCAGGGACUCGGCCAGAGGGGCAAGGUGGGUGGGGGCGUUUGCCGAGGCAGCCGGCCAGCUUUGAGUCAGAGUCAGUGAGCUCAUGCUGAGAGGCUGGGCCCAGCCCUAAAGAGGAACUGCCAAACCUGGACCGGGAACUCACCCGUGUGCAGACAAACAGGCAGAGGGAGACGGGUGCAGCUGGGAUCCCAGGCCAGGACCUUGCCACCAGGUGUCCCCACGGCCCCAUGCUGGGGGAGCCCUUGGUGCCCCAUGGGGGAGGAGAUGGCACUCAGCGUGGGGAAUGGCUGCGCUGGGAAACCCGCAAAGGAUGAGGCAGAGACUGUGGUGAUGAUCCAGGAGGGGCCCUCGCGGCCUAAGCCGUCUGGCUGGACCCCACGUCCCCGUGCCCUCCGCAACCUGGCCAUAGGCAGCAUCAUCUGCGGCUGCUCCUGCCUGGGGGUGCUGGCCCUAAUCUAUGCUGUCAAGGCCAACGAGAAGCGGAAGACAAACUCUUCUGAUGCGGAUCUCUGGGCCCGGAAGUCCUUCCGGUUCUCUCUUCUCAGCAUCGGGGUCUGGGUGUCUCUGCUCAUCCUGGUGCCGCUGCUCAUGGGACUCAUCUCCUACCUGAUUGCCAGGGCAGAGUGAUCUCCUGCCGCAUCCUCAUUGGCUCUGGGGGAUCAGGGGGAUUCCCAGGUCUGAUUUUUUUUCCCUCCUGGGACUGCAGGAUGGGAGUUGCCCUGGCUGCAUCUCACCACUACUGGCCUGGAAUCUCCCCAGCCCUGCCAGUUCUGGAGCAGCUCCGGCUUCUCCAUGGCUUGGGACUGAGACUUUAGCGAGACCAGGGUGGGGAGUGGGACAGGAUCAUCCGUGAUUGUCUAUUCCCAGCAGAGAUGGCGAUAAAGGAACCUAAAAAACAUCAAGGAAAAAUCCAAGGCUGGUAGGGCUAAGGACCAGACUGAUUCCAUUCCUAGAUGGAGAUGGUAAAGCUGUUAAUAAGGAUGUACAAAAGGUGCUUUGUAUUUGGAGAGAAGCAGGAUGAUGAACUCCUAUCAUAUGAGGAUGAUGAAGUACUUUCCAGCCCAUUAAUGACCGAGGAGGAUGUUAAACAACAUCUACUAAACACGUUCCAAUCACAGGCCUGCAAAUGUUCAUUUUUAAUAGAUGUUGGAAUGAAAUUCCAGAAGACUGGUAGAAUGCUAAUGCUGUGCCGGGCAAGCAGGGUGACCAGGGGGAUUACAGGCUGGUUAGCGUGACAUCAAUCCUGGGACACAUAAGGGGAAAGCUGAUAAGGGAUUCCAUCAACAAAGACUGAAAAGAUGUAGUUAAAGCCAGACUGCACUGGUUUAUGGGAAAGACAUUUUUUGUCAGACAAAGCUGAUUAAAUUCUUUAAAAAGGUUAAGAAUUUGGUUGAUAAACGCAGUUGGGUAGCGGUAAUAUAUUUAGGGUUUUUGUAAGGCAGUUGACUUAGACUCACAUGACAUUCUGAUAAAAAAUAUAGCACAAUGCAACAGCAACAGAGCACAAGUGAAAUGGAUUAAGAACAGGCUGACUGGCAGCUCUCAAGAAGCAGCUGUCAAUGGGGAAUCAUCCCUGAAUGGGGGUGUUUCUAGCGGGGAUCUGCAGAGAUCGGUAC